AUGGACGCCGAUCCCAUCUCAAAGCACGGCCGGACGGCCCAACUUGCUCUAGACACAAAAUAUGUCUCGUCGACAAGCUCGGAGCCCAGUCAGAAUGCCCUCAAGAGCGCCAGGCCCUCCUCCGGCUCCUACGAUAGCCCCCUGAGGCAGCAUGCUCGCCGUGUCAAGGAAACCCUCAAUGCCCAGUCGACGUAUACCAACAGCCAGGACGAUAACACCGCAGAACACCGUAUAAAUCAAUACUUGAUCAAGCAGGAGAUUGGCAGGGGCUCGUUCGGUGCCGUCCAUCUAGCUACGGAUCAGUACGGACAGGAAUAUGCAGUUAAAGAAUUCUCCAAGUCACGACUACGGAAACGCGCCCAGUCCCAUGUUCUACGCCGUCGACCGGGUAGGCAUCCUGGCGUCCAGCCGGCAGGUGUUGGCUUCAAUUCACCGCUCCAUAGACACCCGUCUGGACUCGACGAAGCCGAGAAUAGGAAUUCACUGUACCUUAUCAAAGAAGAGAUUGCCAUCAUGAAGAAGCUCAACCACAGCAAUCUUGUAUCGUUGAUAGAGGUGCUAGACGACCCCACCGAAGACUCGCUCUACAUGGUCAUGGAGAUGUGCAAGAAGGGAGUCAUCAUGAAAGUCGGCCUUGGUGAACAGGCAGACCCGUACAGCGAAGAAAACUGCCGCUGCUGGUUCCGGGACCUUAUCCUGGGUAUCGAAUAUCUACACACCCAGGGAAUCGUGCAUCGCGAUAUAAAGCCUGAUAACUGCCUAUUGACUAAUGACGACGUCCUCAAAAUCGUUGACUUUGGUGUCUCGGAGAUGUUUGAAAAAACUUCUGAUAUGUAUAUUGCCAAGUCAGCUGGGUCGCCUGCUUUUAUCCCGCCAGAGCUGUGUGUGGCCAAACAUGGCGAGAUCUCCGGUCGAGCGGUAGACGUAUGGUCCAUGGGCGUAACGUUGUAUUGUCUUCGAUACGGACGUAUUCCGUUCCACACAAGCAAUAUAUUUGAUCUGUAUAACUCCAUUAGAGAAGAUCAGGUGGAGCUACCGGGUGAGACGAACGAGGAUUUUAAGGAUCUCAUGGAGAGAAUUCUAGAGAAGGACCCUACGAAGAGAAUCACCAUGCCGCAAAUAAGAGACCAUCCGUGGGUUACCAAACGCGGUGCAGACCCCCUUUUAUCCGAAGAGGAGAAUACUGCGACCCUCGUAGGGCCGCCAACAGACGAAGAGAUGGAUUCUGCCAUCACAAAAAAUCUCGGACACGCACUUAUAGUAGUAAAAGCCGUUCAGAAGUUCAAGAGACUCAUCAAUGAUGGAAGCCCACUGCAGAUGGAAAGCAUUCUCGGCGAGGGCGAAGAAGCACACUUCGUCAAGCCCCCUCUUAUCAUGGGAGAGGAGGAAGAAGAAGAGUUCAGUGCAGUCUUGCAUCAUCGGAGUAUCAAAGAGCACGUCUAUCCAAGACGGCCGAACCAACCCAAGCGACCAAGCCAGGGAACUACCGAGAAGCCAUCUCACAUCUCACUCCCAUCUCCAAACACUGUUGAAGUCUGCCAAUCACCAUCACCCCAAUACCAGACCACUCCCAGGGCCAGUUCACCAACAAAAUCAGCCGGCCUAGAAGGAACUCGUGGGCAUGCCCGUGAUCCGCUAGAGGAAGAAAUGCUAUUUCUCAACAUUGGCCCGUCAAAUUUCAGCCCUGACUCCGAAGGCUCGUCAACCCAGCCUAAUCUCGCCGAAGACAAAAUUUCCAUAUCCUCAGUAACUGACGGGAUCCACAUACCUCCCAACCCUCUCGUUGCUGAUACACCCAUGAUUGUCAGCGAGUCUCCUCCCGCAGCAGACUAUGAUAUCUAUGAGACAGCGUACAAGGAGAUAAUCGACCGAAUCACCAACCAGAGCCGUGAACGUCAAUCGCCUACGCCAAAGGUAUAUCUCAACCGAAGAGUUGAGAAGAAAGCAACCGGCGUCUCUGGCCUAUGGACGCAAGCUAGGAAGGAUAGCAUGAUGUCAGGUUCAUCUAAUCCUUCAGUCCUCACCGCUACCGCCCCUAAUCGCCCUCCUCCUCGUCCUAGCCCUAUUAAGCGAUUCACAGCUGCUGCUGCGUCUUUCGCCGCAUCCUCGGGCCAACGGUCACCGUCACCGUUGGCAGUGGCUGUUGCCGUAAACGAUGAUGGAGCCGGAUUAAGUCAAGGGACCAAUAUUAGUCCUAUACAAACCUCCGCAUCGCCAAUACCCUGUUCUUCAUCUGUACCUGCGACAACUGCGUCCCCCACCGCUCUCUCUCCCGUCGAAGACGCCAAAACGGGUCUAUAA